AUGAUGAUGGUUGGAAUCUCGUCGCUAAGACGACCAUUAGCCGCCAGAAGUUUGCUCAGGCUCUCGCGUGCCGCCUCCACGGGACCCGGCACCACGAAAAAACCUACCCCACGGCCGGGAAUCGACCGUAUUGGUGUUCCCUUCAACCCAUACAUUCCAAUGAGAUUCUCCCGUCUGCCUAGUAUAUUCAGUUCGCCAAAAGUGGUGAUCAGAAGCGUGUGGAACCGGCUGCUUCUUUUCGCAUACAACCAGAUCCAGGUCUACUAUUUCAAGAAAUCCAUGGGAAACAAGUACAAGCCCAACUUCCUCAAGUGGAAAAACGAUGCCAUCGAGACUUUUGUGCAAGUGAACAAGGGUUUCGCCGAGAGAAAGCUGCCCUCGAUCCGUCCGAUUGUCUCUGAGUACGUGUAUAAAUCGUUGGAGGCCAGAACAAACUCACUACCCGCCUCCACCACGAUGGGAUGGGAGCUUCUCAAGUUCAACUCUGUCCCCAAGGUUGUUACUGUUCACUCGUUCCCGCACGAAGACGGUGUGCCGUUGUUGGUCCAGAUCGUGUACAAGUUCGAAACCAAGCAGCAACUGCUUGUGAAAAAGGCCGGCCAGGACGUUCAAACCAGCGUUAAAGACCUUACCGAGUACAUGGCUUUUAACAUCGACCCGUUCACAGACAAAAUCGUGUUGGCCGGAUCUGUGUUUGAAUCGCCAGUCAGAAAGGGUAUCACUCCGAAGGAGGGCCAGGAAAGAGAAGUGAUUUUGUCACAAAUGAAAAUUAACGGCGAUAUUUAUCGUGUCGACCCGACCUUGCAAUAA